CUUGACCCAACCAUGCCCCCUUCAGGGAUCUCUGAUGGUCACAGAUUUGCCCUUUUUCCCAGGCUCCCAGCCACUUAACCGCAGCACACCGGCUACGGCAUCCGACGGGGGUCAGUUUCCUCAAAAGCUUUCCGGGGUUGCUCUGUCAACACUCGCGUAGAGUUGCUGCUGCAAAAAGGAGCGACCAUGUCGGAGCCGGAGUCUCUGAGGUCCUCCAGUGUCAGAAACCGUGGAGGUGUCCAGAGGGUCGAAGGAAAACUACGUGCCAGCGUAGAAAAAGGAGAUUACUAUGAAGCACAUCAGAUGUAUAGGACUUUGUUUUUUAGGUACAUGUCACAGGCAAAACAUGCUGAGGCAAGAGAACUGAUGUAUAAUGGUGCGCUGCUGUUCUUCAGCUAUAACCAGCAAAACAGUGCAGCAGACCUGUCCAUGCUGGUGCUGGAGGUUUUGGAAAAAUCUGAUACAAAAGUUGAAGAUGAAAUAUUAGAACACCUGGCAAAGCUGUUCAGCCUGAUGGAUCAGAACUCUCCAGAGCGAGCAGCAUUUGUGUCCAGAGCCUUGAAAUGGUCUACAGGAGGAUCCAGCAAGUUAGGUCACCCAAAACUCCAUCAGCUGCUGGCUGUCACCUUGUGGAAAGAGCAAAACUACAGUGAGUCUCGUUAUCACUUCCUGCAUUCAUCUGAUGGGGAGGGCUGUGCACAGAUGCUAGUGGAGUAUUCAACGUCCCGAGGCUUCCGCAGCGAAGUCGACAUGUUUGUGGUGCAGGCUGUCCUUCAGUUUCUGUGCUUAAAGAACAAAAGCAGCGCUUCCGUGGUGUUCAGCACAUACACAGAGAAACACCCGUCCAUAGAAAAGGGCCCUCCCUUUGUCCAGCCUCUACUAAACUUUAUCUGGUUUCUGCUGCUGGCAGUGGAUGGGGGUAAAUUAACAGUUUUCACAGUGUUAUGCGAGCAAUAUCAGCCUUCUCUGAAGAGGGACCCCAUGUAUAAUGAGUAUCUUGACAGAAUAGGACAGCUUUUCUUUGGCGUUCCACCCAAACAGUCUCCAUCAUACGGCGGUCUGCUAGGAAAUCUGCUGAACAGCCUGAUGGGAUCUGGUGAGGAGGACGACGGGGCCGAAGAAGCCCAGGACAGCAGCCCCAUAGAACUAGACUGAGCUUGCAGCCAAGGACAAGCAGAACAAACAAAAA